AUGCGUUCAUUACCUCCAAGACUAACAUCCGCACAAAAAUCAAAAGUUACAUUGUCCCUUUUUACGACAGUGGCUUUAUUUGCUAUAUUUACUGUUGCUGUACCACCUUUUUUACCAUGCCCUGCCCUUGAUGACGCUCAACGUAGGGCAUUAUUGGAACAACGUCUUAAAGAAGAAUCCAGUAAAAGAAAAGUGGUGUCAACAAAUAGUGAUAUUAAUUAA